AUGGCAAUAAGGCAUUUCAAGAGAGAUGCUAAUGGCAAUGAAAGCGGUUCCGACUCACCAAAGAGCUCAGAUGGGGAAGAACAUGAGAUAGAUGACCCUCAGGAAGUGGUAGUUGAUAGAGAUGAGGAGCAAGAGAAUGAUAAAAGUGAAAAUGAGGAAAGUAGUGAUGUUGACAAUUCUGAGAGCAGUAGCAGUGAAGAUGAGGGUGUAGUACAAUUUGAAAGACCUUUGUUUCUGCGAAGUGGGAAGAGGAAGCACGCAAGUGAUGAUGACUCGCAGGAAAGAGAAUCUAGGAAACGAGGAACUGUAAUGGAAAAGAUACAGCAUGAGAAUCGAGCGAUCAAGGCCCGAGAAGAGCUUGAGCUUCAAAUGAAGAGUGAAUAUAGAACAGACGAUAUGCUAGGACGAGCGAUGCUAUUAGAUGAUAAUGAUUAUGUUGAUCCCGAACAUGAGAAACAGGAAUGGCUCAAACGACAGGAAUUGAGACGAAAGCGGCAUCGGGAUGCCAUGGUGGCCAGGCAAUUGGAAGUUGAGGAGUAUGAGGCCAACAAGCUCAAAUUUAGUGAUGCCCAGGAUAUCAAGGUCGAUGGAGUUGCUUCUCGAGAGUCGAGAGCUGAAAAGAUGAUUCUAAAGCAAAUCCAAGUCGCAAAUGGAAACCUUCAAGGGCUCAAGGCACACAGUUCGCUGCAUUGA